AUGGAGACAGAGCUGUAUGUUCCACCAGAUUCACCGAGAGCCUCCAUGCCAGAUGAGUUGCGUCAUCCUUAUUCCAACUUCUCAAAUUGGAAGUUUAAGCUCUUUCGAGUCCGUUCUUUGGAGAAGGCCCCCCUGCCUAGUGAACCUCCUCUGGAGAAGGAGGCUAAGCUGAAGGUGGGUGAACAUGGGGAUAGCCUAAGUGUUCCUGGCAGCAUUAUGAAGCUCUGUCUAGGGGGCAAAAAUAAGGAGAAUGUGGAGGGUGCUGGCAGACAAGUGGAUCUCAAGCUUCAGGAGAUUGACACACACAUGAAUCAUCUCAGGUCUUUAUGCCGCUUAUGUGGCAUACUUCUGAGGAAAGUGAAAGGCCCAGAGCAUGAAGUCCAGGGAGACCUGGAUGAGUCCAGCAGAUAUGAAUUGCGCAGGAUGGGCUGCAAGGCUUCUAGAUGGCCUGAUGUUAUCCUCAAGGUGUUUAAGGUUGAUGUGAAUGGAGACAUGGAAUCCAUCCACCCUCCCAUAUUCUGUCAUCGGUGCUGGACUGUAGCUAUGAGAGGAGGGGGAAUAUGUAGCUUUUCCAGGACCAGGGUCCCUAUAUGGAAGCCCCACAACUCACACUGUCUGCACUGCUACCCCAAGAGACACAUACUUCAGCGAAGAGGAAGGAAGAGACGGAAACCACUACACAGCCUUCCCAAAAGGGCAAAGAAAGAGACAUCUACAGGGAGCAAAAAAGUGUGGAAACAGACCACAGACAACCCACCACCAGUGGGCUUGAGAGCAUGUGUGAAGCCGGCUGCUCAGAGAAACCUUUGGGUAAAGAAUAUAAUUCACUGCCAGAAAGACCACCUAACUUCCAACCUACUCCCAGGUGAUUUCCCAAAAGACUUUGUGAGUGCUAUGUUGUGCCAAGUGUGUGAUCACCUAUUGUUUGACCCAGUCCAAUCCCCAUGCCAGCACCUCUUCUGCCGCACCUGCAUCCAAAAGUACAGCCGUGUCUUGGGUCCCCAGUGUCCAGCCUGUGGCCUCUUACUUAACCCAUGUGACCUAAAUAGCCCUGCCAAAGCAUUUCUAUCAAUUCUCCACUCUCUUCCUCUGCUCUGCCCAAGAGAAGGUUGUGGAAAGCUGGUCAGAUUAGAUUCCUUUGCGGACCACUGUCUAAAUCACUGUUUUGAGACAGAUGGCAGGAAAGAGCAGGAUUUUCCUGAACAGAAUAUGGAUGGCUACCUACCUGUCAACAAAGGUGGCCGCCCUCGCCAGCACCUGCUCUCGCUGACACGAAGGGCUCAGAAGCACAGGUUGAGAGAACUGAAGAAUCAGGUGAAGGUGUUUGCUGAUAAGGAGGAAGGUGGAGAUGUAAAGUCUGUGUGUUUGACACUGUUCCUGUUGGCACUGAGGGCAGGAAAUGAACACAAACAGGCUGAUGAGCUGGAGGCCAUGAUGCAAGGCAGGGGUCUCGGUCUGCACCCAGCUGUAUGUCUGGCAAUACGGGUCAAUACCUUCCUCAGCUGUAGUCAGUACCACAAGAUGUACCGCACUGUCAAAGCUAUUAGUGGACGCCAGAUCUUCCAGCCCUUACACACGCUCCGUAAUGCUGAAAAGGAACUUCUACCUGGGUUCCAUCAAUUUGAGUGGCAACCAGCACUCAAAAAUGUCUCCAACUCUUGCAAUAUCGGGAUCAUUGAUGGGCUUUCGGGAUGGACAGCCUCUGUAGAUGAUGUACCUGCAGACACGAUUGCUAGAAGGUUCCGUUAUGAUGUGGCACUAGUAUCAGCUUUAAAGGACUUGGAGGAGGACAUCAUGGAGGGACUUAGAGAAAGAGGAUUUGAUGACAGCACCUGCACCUCAGGUUUCACUGUGGUGAUUAAGGAGUCAUGUGAUGGCAUGGGAGAUGUCAGUGAGAAACAUGGAGGAGGACCAGCUGUCCCAGAGAAGGCAGUGAGAUUUUCUUUUACAGUGAUGUCCAUCACUAUUCAAGUUGAAGGUGAAGAAGAAGCAGUCACUAUCUUCCAGGAGCAAAAGCCUAACUCUGAGCUUUCCUGCAGGCCCCUGUGCCUCAUGUUCGUGGAUGAGUCUGAUCAUGAGAUGCUGACAGCCAUCUUGGGACCUGUGGUGGCAGAGCGUAAAGCUAUGAAGGAGAGUCGACUCAUUCUUUCUAUAGGUGGGCUCCAACGUUCCUUCCGCUUUUAUUUUAGGAGCACAGGCUAUGAUGAAAAGAUGGUGAGAGACAUGGAAGGUUUGGAAGCUUCGGGUUCCACUUACAUCUGCACCCUGUGUGACUCCACACGAGCUGAAGCCUCUCAGAACAUGGUGCUUCACUCCAUCACAAGAAGCCAUGAUGAAAAUCUUGAGCGCUAUGAGAUAUGGAGAACUAACCCCUUUUCUGAGUCUGCAGAGGAGCUACGGGAUAGAGUCAAAGGGGUCUCAGCCAAGCCUUUCAUGGAGACACAACCCACAUUAGAUGCCUUGCACUGUGACAUUGGCAAUGCUACUGAAUUCUAUAAGAUCUUCCAGGAUGAGAUUGCUGAAGUGUACUUGAACAACAACCCAACUCGAGAAGAGCGCAGACGCUGGCGGUCAGUCCUUGACAAGCAGCUGAGAAAGAAGCUGAAGCUAAAACCAGUGAUGAGAAUGAAUGGGAACUAUGCCCGUCGACUUAUGACUCGUGAAGCUGUUGAAGUGGUGUGUGAACUGGUUCCAUUAGAGCAGCGCCGUGAGGCUUUGAAGGAACUAAUGGAGCUGUAUAUCCAGAUGAAACCUGUGUGGCGUUCUACCUGCCCAGCUCAAGAUUGUCCUGAUCAGCUUUGCCGCUAUAGCUUCAACUCUCAACGUUUUGCAGAACUCCUCUCCACCACAUUCAAAUAUCGCUAUGAUGGCAAGAUUACUAACUACUUCCACAAGACUUUAGCCCAUGUACCUGAAAUUGUUGAACGGGAUGGCUCAAUUGGUGCAUGGGCCAGUGAAGGGAAUGAAUCUGGGAACAAACUUUUCCGCCGCUUCCGUAAGAUGAAUGCUAGGCAGUCCAAGACAUUUGAGUUAGAAGACAUAUUAAAACACCACUGGUUGUACACAUCAAAGUAUCUGCAAAAGUUCAUGGAGGCUCAUAGGAACUCCGCAAAAGCACUCCAAGCUACCAUCAACCCAGAGGAAUGCCCAGAUGACUUUGAUAUGUCUCUUGACAUCACAGACUUUUAA